GAUGCGAUCAACAAGUUUUAGUAUUACCAAGUAAAUGAGCGUAAAGUGAAGUGAAAACUCGUAGAGCAGAGACUGUUAGUAUGAAUAAUUGUAAAUACAAAUUUAAAAAUAAAAAAUCGAAAAUAAAGCAAAAAACAUGAAAUGAACAAAUAUGAAAAUUAUUGCCAAAGUAAAGCAAGAAAUGAAUCCGCUGAAGAUAGCAUAACAAAAAGUUUUUUAAUCGUGCAGAAAAGAAAUUCCUGACCAUUAAAACCAGUUUUGCUAUAUCGAGUUAAGGUUAACGUAACCAGUUAUAAUAAAAGUAACAAAAGUCUGCCUAAAACCAUUUAAAAUAAGUUGGGAAGAAGACGCAUGAGAAGUGUGAGUCAUCAUCGUCACUUUAUUAACCAAACAUUCAAUCAAUUCAGUUAUUAGGUGUUUUUAAAUGAUGCAGCAGCACCUAAGUGAAUAAGGAAAAGAAGAACAAAAAUAAGAAAACAAACAAACAAACAAACAGUUAUUGUAUUUAUAUUGUCAACGAGUUUUCUCAGACCUUUCGUAGUUUUCAUGAGAAAGUGUCAAACUUCUUAUGAUUUGUUUCAACAAAAAGUGUUUUUGUAAUUUAAUUACACGUCAAGUGCAAUAAAUAAACAAAACGGCCGCUUAGUGUAAACAGAUAUUUACCGGAAUUAUUGAGAAUUUCAAAACAAAAGUAACAAGAAAACAAUGUUUAGGAUCAAUUUUCACAAGUGUUUCUUUGGUAGUCUCCUUUGUUAUCAGUUAAACGAGUCUGCGACCAGAGCCCUUGCUUUGAUUUUAAAGGGGCGGGAAUGCUUUAACAAAACUUGUCACCCCUUUGAGGAGUUUUGUUCAACGUUUGCCGAGAGUUGCAUGCAAUGCUCGCAAAUAUGCAACGAAACAACACCAGAUUAUCAGGCUGACUUAUGUGUGAAAGAAUGUUUCAACUAUAACGUAUUGCAAUUGGAGCCGCUUAAGCUUGAUAUACAAAGGAUACAAAUACAACAACAUGUUAUUUUAAUCCUUUUAAUACUACUCUUCGUAUUAUGCGGCGUACGUUACCUUUGGAAGUGCUUGCUUUGGAUAAAACAUAAACAUUGUGUACCACAGUUGGUUAAAAAACUACGACCGAGAAAAUCUGAAUUAACAACAACACAAAAUGGCAAGGAUCUCGGUGGUACAACAAUACAAAACAUGUGCGCUAUACAGAAUGAAGUGGAUAGAGCGCCGUCGCAAAUUUUCAGUGUAACCGCUGCCGAAGGUUCCGUCAUGACCAUGACAACACCAAUUAGUUCACGUUAUCCCGCUGAGAAUACAACACCAACUACCGAGUAUACGUAUGAUAAUCAAGCUUUGGCCGUGACGCCUGUUUCUGAGAAGCCAACCAGUUCGGGUGUCAUGUAAAUGAAUUUUCUCAUUUUUAGAACUUAAGUUGUUUUUCUUUUCAUAUUUGAGAAAAACAUUUUAAAAAUGUUUUUGGUAUAUUAUAAACUAUGACAUAUGUGUCUACUUAGAAUUGAAGAAACCCGUCUCUAGGGAACAUCACUGUCUUAUACUAUAAGUAAAAGAUAUUAAAGAACGCAAUUUUUUUAUUUUUAUUUUUUUCAUAUAUUUAUAUAAGUUAAGAACGUCUCCGUAAUGAUUGAUUAAGACCUAAUUUGUGCUCUGUAAUCAUUGGGUAAAUAAACAUUUUUUUUAAGAAUGUUUGCUUGUCAAA